CCUUCAUUCAUUGUCAGCUUCCUGGAGCCAUUUUUCAACCGCGGCGGUGGCAGGGAGGUCGGAGCCGGGGCCCUAUCACACAUAGCCGUACAAUCCGCUUCCAUCUGCCUCUCCCGGUGCUCGAUAACCCCCGGACGAGCUCACCCCAUGCACCGAGGGGACCUGCUCUAACCACAGCCCCGACUAUUUCCAGGGUACAGGCCGGGCCCAACUGAUUACGGGGGUCAGAAGGAAGAGAGCGAGUGUACCCGGGAAAAGAGCGGCGCGCAGGGAGGAGGCUGCUCCGUACGAUGAGGAAAGCGAGCCACCCCGGGCACGACAAGCUGCUGCUCCCCGGUCUCCAGGGCUCGGACAAGAGCUCCACUUUCUCGGGGGGGUUUGUGGCCGGGGGCGGCGCAGCCAGUGUGCUCGGUGCAGGAGGCGGCGGCGGAUACCUGCACAUCCUGUCUUCCCCCGGCCCGGUCCACCAUCCUCAGCACGGACACUGUGCUCCCGAGCAGCAGCACCAGGCGGCGGCCAGCUUCAUCUACUCCACCCCGCACGGACCCGCAGCUAGAGCCGGCCUACAGCAGCCUUCAGUGGGGCGCCCUCCGGCCAAGCGACGAUUAGAACUUGGAGAUGGAAGUCAUCAUUAUCUCGCUGAAGGAUUAAAAACGCCAAAAGGCAAAGGAAGAGCCUCUGUUCUGUGCCCAGAUAGUCCAAAAACUCCAAAAUCUCCAUUAGAAAAAACCCGUUAUGACACCUCCCUUGGCCUUUUAACUAAAAAGUUCAUUCAGCUUCUUAGUCAAUCCUCUGAUGGUGUUGUGGACUUGAAUAGAGCUGCUGAAGUCCUCAAGGUGCAAAAAAGAAGAAUCUAUGAUAUUACAAAUGUAUUGGAAGGGAUUCAUCUCAUAAAAAAGAAAUCUAAAAACAACAUUCAGUGGAUGGGCUGCACACUUCCUGAUGAUGGCUAUAAUAUGGCUCGAUGCCAAGGGCUUUCCAAAGAACUCUCGGAGCUCAGUCAAGAAGAGAAGAAACUGGAUGACUUGAUACAAAGUUGUACCUUAGAUCUGAAACUUUUAACUGAAGAUUCAGAGAACCAAAGGUUGGCUUAUGUAACUUAUCAAGAUAUCCGAAAAAUUAGUGGCCUUAAGGAUCAAACUGUUAUUGUUGUGAGAGCUCCUCCUGAAACUAGACUUGAAGUGCCUGACCCAGUUGAGAGUUUACAGAUACACUUAUCUAGCACUCAAGGAGCUAUUGAAGUUUACUUAUGCCCUGAAGAAAGUGAAUCCAGUAGUCCAGUUAAGCAAAGUAAUCCUGAUCAGAAUGGGAACCUUCCAAAGCCGAAUUCCAAAGAGUUUCUGUCGCCCAACAUAGAAAAUGUAAACUGUAAAGUGGAACCCAUUUCUCCCUUAACAUCUCCAACCAACCUGCUACAGCAAACGGAGGAUCAAAUACCUUUGAACCUUGACAGUCCUUUUGUGAACUUGCUUCCCCCUCUCAUUCAUGAGGACUAUUUGCUAAGUCUUGGUGAAGAGGAGGGCAUCAGUGAUCUCUUUGAUGCCUACGAAUUGGAGAAAUUGCCAUCACUAGACGACUUCAUGUGCAGCUGAUCCAUUUUACAAUCUGGCCACCAUGGAUUGUCUAAUACGGAAUGCAGUUGGAAUCGGAGUUGGCAUCCUCUACUUGACACCCUAUUUGCCUCUCCCUUUAAAAGGCAUGUAUUAAUUGGUGCAGCAAUAGCUGCAAAAAGUGCAGUUAUUUGAUGAAAUAUACUUGAGGCUAUGCAAACUUACACGACUACGAUGAUGCUCCGGGGUUGCUGAAGGCACAAAUCAAUAACUUGAAUCAAUUUAGCUUUCUAAGUCUUAUCUCAGUACUUGGUCUGGUGAAGUCGGUCUGUGCCUUCCUGUACUUUGCGUUCUCCCCAGCCUAUGUGGAGAAACUCCACAAUAAAUAUGAACUUUUUUUUUUUUUUGCUUAUGCUGUGCGCAUUUUUUCAUUAACCUUUAGGCCACCUCUUAAUCUAGAAGUACAAGAGCCCAAAGAAAAAAAACUUGCAUGUUACAUGUACAAAAUACCUUUGUAUGUGGAGGGGUGCACAUGGUGUUCCCCUUCAUGGUGCCCUGGCUCCACCAUAUCUUGCAGUGCUUACUCUGAACUGGGGUUUAAAGUGCCUAUUCAAUGCAUUAUGUACUAGGAGGGGAAGUUUCUAAUUUAUCUAUUCUAAUACACUGUUUUCCACGUUUGUUUUAAUUCUGAUGUACAUUACAAUAAGUAUAUUGUAAUAUGGUGUGACCAAUCUUCCCAUAUAAUCAUGGGCAAUUUAAGUUGUUUACACAAGGAAUUCCCAAGGGGAGUUCGUCAUGACCCGCUCUAGUCAUUUUUUUUUUCUUUUUUGUGUGUAUGGCAAGCCUGUUUCAGAAUUACUGAAUUAUGUCUUGCAAUAAAUAUGCUUUAAUCAAAUCAUGUGACCUAAAAUAUGCAGCUUUGAAAGGGGGUAAUGGUGCAUUCACUUGUCAGUUUUGUGCCUGCCUCUUCUGUUGGUCAUCAAACUGUAUACUUAAUUUUCUUUUCUCAACCUCAUCCACUUUGCUACUACUGUACAAUGCCGCACGUUCGCUGCACAUAAAUAUGCAGAAGCAAAUCUGCUAUAUUUAUGCCAUGUGCGACAUACCCUAUAGAAUGUGUUCCUAUGCAUUGACUGUUUUCCCAAUGGUGGUUCAAUGAUUCCUAUUAUGGUCUGACGUUGCUAUACAUAGGCUGCCAAGAGUGAGUUGGGGCGAGGGGUCCAAAGUGAACCAUUCUCCUCAAUGUCGUAUGCCUUGAUGGGAGUAUAUGGAAGGAGGCGGACUAUACGUUUGAUGUGCACUGAAUCAUCUUGACUCCACCUGUUUGUCACCUCAGAGCAUAAAUAGCUGAGGUAAACCGUACACCCUUAAGACCCUAUUAGAAGGCAUGAUAUUUGGGCAGGACAAGCGCCGAUGGAUGAUUAACAUGGACCUACUACAGUCUGUUGCAAAGUGAAUAUGAAGAUGAAUCAUUACUACUGCAAGUCGUUCCUCCCUCAUUUGGUUCUAUUAUCGAGAGCAAAAUGGCUGAUUACACCGGGCAAUGUGCUGCUGAUUGCGCAUCUUUUAUCCUGAUGAUCGGCUACUCUAUUAUAUUACCCAAUUAUCAGGAGCAAGCAUUCCUAUGAACGUUUGUUUCUGCUAAUUAGCCCAAAUAUCAUUCUAACAGGACCUGUAGAUUGCUGAUGGCUGUCCUCCGAGCAAUCUGUGAGGGAAGGUGAAUAAGCUUCUUGUCUCCAGUGAGAACAAAGAAUUGGGCAUGCUAAAUCCCAAUACGCCUGAUCUUUAUCUGUUGGGUGAGUCGCUACAGCCCCACGUACAUUGAGUAGAUAGCUGGUACUUUCCAAAGCGGCAGACGUUUUAAGCCUGGGAUGGCCAACCUGUGGCUCUGCAGCUGUUGUAAAACUAAGUUCCCUCCAUGCCCUGCUGAUGGCUGCAAGCAGUCUGGGAGUUGUAGUUUUGCUGCAGGUUGCCCAUACCUGUUCUAAGUUGUAUGAGCACCUUUUUUCUUUUUAGAGGCAGAGUGAAUGCACCAUUGUUCAGAUCUAUCUCACAAGCUUGCUGGCAUUUUAGCUGCUAUCCAGGUUUUACAAAUCCUCAGAAAAUGAAAGCAUUUGGGAGCAUAUAUGAACUAGUACAAUGUGAACAGUGUUACUCGCAUGUGUGUGGUACUGUGUGUGUGUACACCAUUUUUUAGAAUUUAUUUACAAGUCUAUCCAUAGACAGAAGACCUGAGAAAUUGCUAUUAGGAAAACGUAAGAUAUUUUUGUAUUUUAUUUUGGGUCCUUAAAUUAAGAUUAUUUAACAUUAUAGUCAUUGUGGAGCAAAAACUUCUUUUUUUGUGGGGUGUUGGUGGGUUUGUUCGUCUUUCUGCAUGGAUAGGAACAAUUCACUAAAGUACAUUUUAAUGGAGAAACUUGAUUGAACUUUGUGGUUUUAGAUUAAUUGUAAAAUAAUGUAAAAAAAAAGUUUUAAUGCUAUUUGUAUAUAGAUCAUUUACAGGAUGUCCCUGUACUGUAGCUAUUAUGUUCUUUACAUACAUUUUUGUAAAGCAACCAAUAAAUAUUUGUUUGUUUUUUUU